UUUGUAGAGAUGCAAAAUGUUAUUAUCAACGAGCUUGCAGAAAUAAAAGUUCUUUUAAAAGAAGUUAUAGAAAUUAAGUUUCAGGCUACUAGGGUGAAGUUGCUAGAAUCAGUGGACGAAGUGGUUACACUGGAUAAUAAACUAAAAGAUAAAACCGAGUAUACUAAUUUGCUUGAUAGUUUGAAAAAGAUUGGUGGUGGAAAGCCAAGAGAACAUGUUUUUUUGAUCAUGAAAAGGUUAUUUUCGAAUCAGUUACAGUCCAAAUUUAUUCGAAAAGGAAAUGGGGAAAAGAUAAGCUUAGAAAAUAUAGUAAAUAUAUGAAGUGUUUUACGAGGU